CUUACCUGUCGUCUUCAGCGACCAUAUCCCACCGCAAACAAGUCCGACCCUUGGGACACGCCACUAUCACCGACACGUCGCCUCCCUAUCCUGAAACUGGAUCUGCAAUCAUCCGAAGUCGGAGUAUCGGGUGGGGAGAAAGAGCAGCUCCACGUAUACAAGACCAGCCCUCCUCCUCAGCCACCCCCGCCCAUGGCUGUAGAGGAUGAAGAGUACGAGGCGUUGCCAAUGGGGGUGGGAACGGGGGUGCACAUGCUGGCGGGCGCGAUGGCUGGCAUAUCGGAGCACGCCGUCAUGUUCCCCGUCGAUAGCAUCAAGACGCGCAUGCAAGUCUUUUCUACUUCCCCUGCAGCUGUAUACUCCAGCCUAGGGAAUGCGGUAGCACGGAUAUCGUCUACUGAGGGGCUGAGGACGUUGUGGAGAGGUGUCGCAUCCGUGAUUGUGGGCGCUGGUCCUGCACAUGCCCUCUACUUCGGGACAUACGAGUUAGUAAAAGAAACGACAGGAGGUAACAGGCCUGGACACCAUGUUGCUGCAACAGCUUUAGCAGGUGCAUGUGCUACCAUUUCCCACGAUGCGUUGAUGAAUCCGUUUGAUGUCAUCAAACAACGCAUGCAACUCUACGGAUCAUCUUAUCGGAAUGUCGCACAAUGCGCACGCUCCGUGUACCAAAACGAGGGCCUUAUCGCAUUCUAUGUCUCCUAUCCCACAACCCUCAUGAUGACGGUACCGUUUACUGCCGUUCAAUUCUCAACCUACGAAUCUAUGAAGAAGUUCUUGAAUCCCGAAGGCACUUACUCCCCACUGACACACGUAACGGCUGGUGGCAUAGCAGGAGGCGUUGCUGCUGCUGUAACCACCCCACUUGACGUUGCCAAAACCUUGCUGCAAACGCGAGGGACCUCUGACGAUAUACGAAUACGCAACGCACGAGGUAUGGUAGAUGCUUUCAAGAUCAUCUGGCAGCGGAACGGGAUCUGGGGAUUUGCACGAGGCAUAUCACCCCGAGUGUUGACGUACAUGCCGAGCAACGCGUUGUGCUGGUUAUGUUACGAGUUCUUCAAAGUGGUAAUUGGUGAUGCAAGCCGGGGGAGCUCGCACGCCACGGUCGCUGUACCAUGAUGGACCUUGAGCCUGCGUCCGUUAUUUUCUGCAUACUAUAUCGAGCAUACUUCGCUAUUUCGCACGCAUCAUAAUUGUAAUCUCUUUACACUUGUACAUGCC